AUGAGUUCGACAUCGGCACUGCCCCAGGCGUCUCGACCUCUCACGAACCCUCCGACAGGAUCGUUACCGCCUUUGCCAGGUCCGAAAUCCAAGAAGACUUUGUCUGUCCCACCCGAUGCCUCGAGGGCACCGUCCCCAUCCAUCUCGUCUGCAAAGCUUCGAAGUCCCUCCAGUCCACGGCCAUCUCUUCCCAAGUCGCCACUGUCUCAUUCCAGUAAUAACAUCACGACAUUACGUUCGACUUCUGGUGGCCGCACCCCAAAUAGCCCGGAGAAGGAUUUACGCAGAACCGUCAGUAUCGCCUCAUUCCCUCAACCGCCUAAAUCUGCAAGUCGUCCGUCGACUGCCUCUUCCAUAAAUGGGGCCGAACCACCCAAAGUGUUUGCAAGGACUAGCAGCAUUAGGUCGAGGAAGAGCUCAAGACUAAGCUCCGGAACCACAUGCAGCUUCACCAGUUCGAAGACCCCAUCCCUUCUAAAUGGCAAUGGAGAUGGAAAGUCGAUCUUGAGCGAGGAAAUCCGAGAUUCACAUGGCAAUUUCAGCAUCCCAUCCCCCCCUCAUAGUCGCAGCUCGUCUGCCCAGGGUUCCUAUUCGACCAGCGCAACGACAUUCGAAGACGUGGAUGAAGCAGGCGGUGCCUCUAAGUCUUCCUCCAAAGCAAAGGAGGCCAAGGGGAACGUUACUGUUAGUGUCAGAGUGCGCCCUGACGUGAAUGGGGCCGAUAGCUCUAGGAAUGACAGCGAAUGGCUGGCAGACGGAAGAAGGAGCCUGAUAGCGUAUCGAGGGAAAGAGGCGGGCGACUAUUAUUACGACAAUGUGUUUACGGCGCAUGACCAAAAUGCAAAGGUCUACGAUUCAGCAGCGAAACGCCUGGUGCGGAGGGUCAUGGAAGGCUAUCACGGCACCGUAUUUGCAUACGGUAUGACUGGAACGGGAAAAACGUUUUCGAUGCAAGGUACAGCUACCUCGCCUGGAGUAAUUCCUCUGGCAAUCACCGAUAUCUUUUCUUUCAUCCGGGAAACGCCACACAGGGAGUUUCUCCUUCGCGUGAGCUAUCUUGAGAUAUACAAUGAGAAGAUUCAUGACCUACUCUCCGCUUCUGCUCCAAAUGGGGGGGGUGCUGUCCAACAAGAAGAGAUUAAAUUACGAGAGGACAGCAAACGAGGAGUUUAUGCAACCCCUCUAAAGGAAGAGAUUGUGCAAAGUCCUACACAACUGCUGCGAGUGAUCGCGAGAGGGGAUCAUGCCAGGCGUACUGGAAGCACGCAAUUCAACGCACGCAGUUCCCGAAGUCAUGCGGUCGUUCAGAUCGUGGUGGAGAGCAGAGAGCGAGCGGCAUCUGGAACCAGCUCCCAGGACAAACGCUCGGGUAUCAUACCAGGCGGAGUCAGGGUCUCGACCCUUAGCCUGAUCGAUCUUGCAGGCUCGGAGAGGGCCGCAGACGACAAAGAGCGGCGCACAGAAGGUGCCCACAUCAACAAAAGCUUGCUCACGCUUGGCAACAUCAUUUCAAAACUUUCCGACGCGAAGGAUAAAAACGGCAAUGCCGCCGAUCGAGAGGGGAAGCACCUACCGUAUAGAGACAGCAAGCUGACACGGCUUCUGCAGCCGGCGCUAUCUGGGAACUCUCUCGUGAGUAUCCUUUGUACUGUGCAUCUCGGUAGCUCUGCGAAUUCGGGCGAAAACCUCAACACUCUGAAAUUCGCCGCGCGAGCCAAAAAUAGCAUUGUCAGUCAUGCUAAAAGAGCGGAAGAAGCAUUCAGUGGUGGCUCUCAAGAUCCCGGUAGCAGAGUUCUUCUGGAGCGCUACCGGGUGGAGAUCCAGUCGCUUCGCGCGCAGCUUGACAGCCAAGCCAAGAUGCAGGCGGAGAAGGAACUGAAAUUAGAGGAGCAGCAACUUGAGAAAGAAGCACAGAUUCGCCAUGAAGAACAGAUGCUAGAGAUGCAACUCGCCCGCACGGCUCUAAAGGAGCGAAUCGAGCAUCUAAACCGGCUGAUUCUUUCGUCAAAAUCCACUGGCGUGAACACCCAGAGCAAUCUAUCCGCUAUCGGGAGGCUGUCGAGGAUAUCCAGUGUUUCUCGUUCUCUUCGGUCGUCGGCCAGCCAAUCCACACUGAGUGCCCAUUCCUUGGCCAGACCCAUAUCUUUUGCAUCCAUUAACAGUACCGACACAUUGGGUGCUCUACCCUAUCCUCCUGGAUCAUUCGGCAAUGACGAGGACGAUGAUAACAUGGGCGAGUUUGCAGACGGGAGGGCGAGUUUUCAAACACAGAUUGCUGCGCUCCAGGCGGACCUCUCGGACAAGAAUCGAUACAUCUCUACCCUAGAGCGACGUCUAUUGCAAGCCCGGCGUUCGAGCCAUUCGCGUAUGUCCAUGGGUAUGAAGGGCAAUAUGCCUCCCGACAGCCCUGAUUUGAUGGCGGUCAUCCGCGAAAAGGACAUGGAAAUCAACGAGCUGCGUCUUCAGCUCGAUGACAAGGAUCGAAUGCUUACGGCUCUUCGUUCUGCUACCCGCCACCGAGACUUUGCCCAAGUGGGUUCAGACCCUCAAUCGCCAGAACUCAAGAGUAGUGCACACUUUCAACAAGGCUACGGAAACGACAUCACUUCGUCACCGGUGAAAGACGUUGCAGGCGAAACAACAAGCCUGGUGGCACGAAGCACGUCGUUCAAGGACCCAGAAAGAACCAAACGGAAAGGUCUGGAUGAAAUGUCCCGAAUGCUCGACGAAAUGAUUCAAGAUCGGGUUGAAAGCGGCCAGCUGGUCAAAAGCUCCCAUGGCAGUGUUCGCGUCGCUAACGAGUCGCGGCGCGCAUCAUCGUCUGCUGGUGGGAUUCCAGGCUUGAAUACCGCCAUUCCGAAAUUGCCUGAGCCUCCUGUUCCCGAGAGCCCGCUGGAAUAA